CUCCAUUGGGGAAUGUCCUGCAAAUCUGCCAGAAGAACACUUUGCUUCUAAUGCAAUCUCAGUCUUCCGAGACGUUAUUUGGCGGGCAAGUGGGAACUGGGUUGCUCAUAACUCGCUCAAGAAGAAGCAAUCAGCUGCAGAAAAGGAUUGAUUAAUAAGCAGGAAAGAAGGUGGGUAUCUCCUUUAUUUGCUGAUAACGUUGUCAGUAAGCCGUUGACUUGAUUGCACACUAUUAGUUUACUUGUUUUAAUGGUGGUGGAAUGGAAUAGCGUCAGGAUGGAAGCUAGUGCUCUCAAAGUUGAAGAAGCUCGGAGUUCGACAAAUCACGGAUUAUAAAAUUCAGGGGGUGAUUUCAGAACUCGGAUCUCGAAAAUCUUUCAGCAUCUAUCUCCUUGCAACCAGUCUUCCAGUUUUUCAGGUGCUCUUUCCGGCCGAAAGUUCUCUGCUUUUCCCAGUGACAAAAUGCCAAAACCCAAUUGUUGCCUCAAGCUAUUGGGGCGAUGGAAUGGGUUUCACAAGUCAAUCUUUAUGCUGAUCAUCUUGGUGAUUCUGUUAUCCAUCGCCACCCUGUCCAAGUUCUACUCCAUCACAUCUCUCUCAAUCUCAGACACCUUAUGCAGCCGGGUCGUGAACAUCGAGUCCUCGAGCAGGUUUUCUGCUGCAGAUGAUGGUUCAAGAGCAGCUCUGGAGACGGUUAUCCAGAAAAUCCGUGAUGAAAUGAAGGAGACAGGGGCUGCUGCAUCAGUAAUUCCAAGCUCAAGGUACAAUGCUUUCCUCGGCGAGAUUCUGGAGCUUCUUCUCGUCCAAUCUCUGGCUUCCCCUGUUGAAAAAACAACCCAAAUCCACCCCCUUGCGAUGAGGCCGAAACACGACGAAGCAGCGGCAGAGUUCUUCCUGAUCGAGGAGAUUCGCAAGUACGUGAGGAUCAAACCGAACAGAUUGGGGAAGCAGAACUUCAUGGGAGCCAAUGGAACUUUCACCAGCAUCGGUCACGCCUGUUUCGCAAUGAAGCAGGAUCUGGAGGAGUACAUGGACUACGACGUGGGAGAGAUCUGCAAGGACGAUUGGAAGCUAGCUCAGAAGCUGAUGGUUCACGGUUGCGACCCCUUGCCACGGAGGAGGUGUUUCUCCAGAGCUCCACAGCUCUACAUCAAGCCGUUCCCCAUAACCGAAUCGCUGUGGAAGCUCCCCGACCAUCGAAACGUGCGGUGGAGCGGCUACAGGUGCAAGAACUUCACCUGCCUGGCGGCGAAUGGGACUCGAAAGGGCUUCUUCAAGUGUGCCGAUUGCUUCAACCUGACGCACCACGAGAUGCCCCGAUGGAUGGAGCUGAAGUUCGAUCCCCAGACGAAUCAGACAGCGGAUAUCCUCAUCUCGGACGUGCUGAGCAUCAAGCCAGGGGAGGUCAGGAUCGGGCUGGACUUCAGCGUCGGGACGGGGACGUUUGCAGCUCGGAUGAGGGAGUUCAACGUCACCAUUGCCACGGGGACCAUCAACCUCGGAGCGCCAUUCAACGAGAUGAUUGCUCUCAGGGGGCUGCUGCCGAUCUACCUGAGCAUAAACCAGCGGCUUCCGUUCUUCGACAACACGCUGGAUUUGAUACACACGACGAGGUUUCUCGACGGUUGGAUCGACUUUGUGCUGCUGGACUUCAUACUGUACGACUGGGACAGAGUUCUGAGGCCCGGAGGGUUGCUGUGGAUCGACAGCUUCUUCUGUUUGAAAGAGGAGCUGGAUGAUUACUUGGAGUCGUUCAAGAUGCUGAGGUACAGGAAACGGAGAUGGAUUGUGGUUCCGAAAGUGGACAAGGAUGAUCGAGAAGUGUUCUUCUCCGCUGUCCUGGAGAAGCCACCCAGACCCUUUUAGUUUUGGAGCAGUGUCUCAGACUCAGAAUGUGUGCUCUGUAGAUUCCGGGGUUCUUGUUUUCAUAUGUCACAAGUGUCACUGGUGCACAAACUUUCUCCUUUUCUGUUCGUAGUUCGUCAUCAACCAGUUAUACAUAUACUGUCUUUCCAUUGGAUUGGGCACAUGCUCCUAUUGCAGGUUGACAGAAAGGUUUGCAAUCAGCGACGGAUCUGGGAUAGGGUAGAGUACUGGGCCAUCUUUGAAGAAAGACGGAGAGGGUUGGACCGUAAUGUGAAAAAUACUAAAACGAAUAUAAAAAAUCGGAAAUUACAAGUGCUAUACUAGCUCGAAAUCCAGAGGAGGGCUGGGCCGCAGCCCGGGACGCCCCCUGGAUCCGCCGUUGUUUGCAAUGUGUAAUCAAUCAAUUUAAAUGUU